AUGCAAGCUUCAAGAACCCAAUUACACGCGCACAAAUAUGAUGCCAUGACAAACGUAGAGCCACUAUCUAAUGACGGUUCUAAAACAGACAAGAAUACUGCAGAUUUAGAAAAACAAGGAAGAAUUUCACUUGCUCCUCAUGUACAAAAUGGAGGUAAUUUGGAGAACAGUAAUACAAUUCCUCUCUCUGCACGAACUCCAAAGAGUUCCAAAUAUGAAAAAAACUUUGGAAAUGAAGUGGCUGAAAUGAUUUUCUCUCGAAAACGAGCACCACCGCGAAAAGGCUCAUUUGCAAGUUCCCUUCUUCGCAGUUCACCACCACAACAACAAGAAACUGAAGCCAGUCCACGACGAAUUUCAUGUGUCACAACACCAAUAGUUCAAGAAAUCCUCUUCUUUCCAAUGUUACGGAUCCAACGAGUCCAAAGUCUGGUUCAAUCAAACACAGAAAGUCCAAGAAGGCUCUUUUCACCAAGUCCCAUUCAACAAGUCUUUGCAACGACACUUAAUGGUCCUAAUACUCCAGCUGCCACAUAUAGCUCUGGUGAUGAUGGUGAUUCUGAAGUUGAAGAUAGUUUGGCAUCUCUAAUUGAAAUAAUGAAAUUAUGCCAAUCUGCUUAUGACAGCGCUGAAAUUGUAUUUAGUGUUUACUUUGAUGAUGCACAAUCAUUCUUUGAAACUCGAGAACAACAAGAAGAAUUUAUGGAUCAAUUUGAAGGUGGUACUUUAAAUGUUUGGAUUUCUCAAAUUGUGCCAAAUAUAUGGAUCACACUGUAUUUACUCGAGUGUUACAACAAUUGA